AUGGCGGACUCGUUGUUUGAGAGGAUUCUGGGAAAAUCCGACGUUUUUUAUCGACAUCAGCAAUGCAAUGAGCCCGAUCUUACUGAAAGUGAUAAACGAGGAAUUCUUGUCGAUCUCUUGACUUCUAACAAGGCUCUAUUUUUACAGAGGUAUGGUCAGUACAUGAACGCAAGUGACUGUGCAUUGUUCCGCGAUGAGUGUGAUCCAUUAAUUCAGUUCAUGGUCUCUCAAAUAGAAGGACGGAAGUCUGACGCUCAAAAUAUGAAGAAGAGGCGUUAUUUGAUGCUGCAGAAGUUGAAAGAGAAGGGAAAAUACUUUUCUGACGAGAAGAUGAGAGAGCGCGAGCCAUAUCUGUUUGAUGUCAUGGUGGGGAAAUUUAUGGAAGCAAAAGAUCAAAUUAACCUACGUCCCUACGUUUCUCGUGAGGAAUGCCCCCAAGGAGGGUGGGCCAAUAUGCUUUGCCAAUUUGAAUCUUCUAGAGAAAUCGCACAACGGCGUAACGAACACCACACAGAGUGGCACAGAGAUGUUGGGCAGUCACAAAAAGCUGAACAUUUGUCACGGAUGGAGGCCCAUGUUAGCAAUAUGUUGUCUUCUCAAGAGGAUGAACUGGAAGAAGGAGAAGAAGGUCUAGAGAACGAUUUUGAUGAAAUGCGAGAAGAGUUGAACAGAAUGAGUCAGGAGGACGCAGAAAUGCUUGAAGAUGGCAUGGACGACUCACCAGAAAUACUGCGUCGAGAAUUUCAGUUGUAUAUGGAAGAGCGGUUUCUGGCUGGGCAUGAUUCCAGGUAUUUCGACUACGAUACCGUUGACAACGAUAUGUCUUUGGACGAGAGUGACGAAAUUCAUGAGCGCGACAUGGAGGAGAAAUGUACUCAAUUCAUUGUAGCAGGGCCAGCCUUUUGUGUCGAGACCUUGAUUGGCGGUAUUAUGAUGACGAAACCAAUCGAAGUCCGAUGGUAUUACCAUGGUCCGGAUAAUGAGAUUUAUGGUCCAUAUGCAGCAAAAGAAAUGAUGAUGUGGACCCAGUCAGGAUAUUUCAAUGACUCUCUCCUAAUCCGCACUGAACAUGAAGAGCGGUUCCACACUUUGGGCGAAUGGACUCGUGUGUGUGGUGGCAAGGUUCCUUUCGUGCUUCCGGUAGUGUCUAUGGAGUCUCUCGUAGGUCCGAUGGGACCUCGCUUAAAUCCUGUAAUGAUUGGAAUGCUUCCUCCAGGUCUACCACCUCCAUUUCCUCCUCCAGUACAUGGAAGAUUCGCUCACUUCGUUCCCGGCAUAGCUCCUCCGCAGGCUCAUCAUCAGCCACCUAUGACUCAUAGCUUGCCGCCAUCAGAGCCUCUUGAUGCGGGUAGCAGCCUCUCACAUACCCCUGAUAGCGAGCAGGAGAUGUUCAACCAUACUAAGACUAACAAUGAUGCGAAUGCGUUGGUGCCGAGUCUUCGCCAUAUGGCUGUAUCUACAGCUGAACCGCCAGAGAUGGUGUCGGUGUCGACCGGAACAGAAUCCCCUACACUCCGUGAUGCAGCCUGUCAGACUACUCCACUUAUUGUCGCUGCUAAAGAUGCUGCACGUAUUCUUUCUGAACUUCUCAACCAGGUAGUUCAUGUAACAUAA